AUGAAGAUUACUUUUGUUGAAAAUGAAGCUUUAAAUAUUGAUAUUAGUUUGAAGACUGGGGUGCAAAGACUAAGACGGACCGCUAGGACUUAUUAUCAUCUUUACUUGAACCCCUUGACUAGGUUGUACACUUCAUCAUUUGAAGUAAUCAAGACUAAAUUUUCGGUAUUAAGAAUAUUUCCUUGUCCGAAUAAUAAAUUAUUGCAAAUCCCGAAUAUUUCCGCUUAUCUGAAUAAGAAACUGAAGCCAGAUAUUAAGUCGGCCGAGAGCGAUGUUCAAGCUUGGUUUAACGGGAGGGAAGUGCGAUCGUGUCAAUCAGAGCGCAUGGAUAAAAAAUAUGAAGAACCACUGUUUGGAUCACGUAUUAUUACAUGCGAGAAAGACAUGUGGACUGCAUCAGAAAUAAAUAUCCAUGACACUUUGACACCACUCGACAGAUCAAUUUGCUUUCUAGAUGGUCGUGCUUUGGAAGGUAUAGCUAGAAAACCAGAUUUCACAGUGGUCGAUGAAAAUUUAGUACUUUUACCCCUUGAAUACAAAACACGAUGGGUUUUAAAAGUACCUUGUAUAAGAAUAUUGUCACACUUUAUCUUCGAGAAAAAAAGUUUCAAGAGGAGAAACUUGCAGAGAGUAAAAGGAGAUCAAGGAUGGUUGCAAAUAUCGGAUGCCAUUACCAAUGCAUCAACAGAUCAUACGUUGCUUAAAUCAGUUGCCUAUUUAAUUUUCAUCGCCUCUAGCAACCGAUAUGCACCAUUCAUUGAAAAGCCUAUAAUGGUUGCUGUUGAUGGAAAGAAAAUUUCAUCCUUAAAAGAGCCAACAGUUAUAACUCGAAGCCAAAGUCGCCAAACUCUUGGACCUUUGAAUUCCAACACGAACUUAUAA